UCCUGGUCCCGGUUUGGUACCCCCAUUCCUGUCCCUGUUCUGUCCCAGUCCUGGUCUCCAGCCUGCAGCCCCGGCUCUGCUCCCCGGUCCCAGUCCUCACUGCUGUCCCCACUGCUGUCCUCCCAUUCCUGUUCCAGCCGUAGUCCCAGACCCAGUCCCAGACCUCAGCCCUGUCUCCCCCCAUCCUGGUCACGAUCUUGUCCUGGCCCCGGUCUCAGCUCUAGUCUCAUCCCUUGUCCGAGCUCCAGUCCUAAUCCCGGUCCCGGUUCUGGUCCCAGCUCUGGUCCCAGCCCCAGUCUCAGCUUUGAUCUCAGCCUCGGUCCCACCUCUGGCCCAAGCUCCGGUCUUGUCCCUGGUCCUAGUCACGGUCCCAGCCCCGGUCCGAGCACUGGUCUUGUCCCUGGUCCCAGCCCCGGUCCCAGCCCCGGUCCGAGCACUGGUCUUGUCCCUGGUCCUAGUCCCGGUCCCGGUCCCGUUCCCAGCCCGGAUCGCUGUCCACGGUGCUGAUCCCAGCUCCGCUGUCCCUGGUCCUUUCCCCUGUCCCUGUCCGUGGUGCUGAUCCAGCCCAGUUGUCCCUGGUCAUGUCUCCCCCGUCCCUGUCCGCGGUGCUGAUCCCGGCCCCGCUAUCCCGGCUCUGUCCAUGGUGCUGAUCCAGCCUCUGUCCAUGGUGCUGAUCCCCAGACCCGCUGCCUCGGUCCCUCGUCUCUGCCCACGGUGCUGAUCCCCAGUAACGGUCUCCAGCUCCCGGUCCCAGCUCCCCCGGGCUGAUGCCCGUCCUGCUGUCCCGGCCCC